AUGACUAUUGUACCCGGAAGAUAUCGAAUUAAGAACCACGCAUCGUGGACCACUCUUGACGAGAGUGGAGGCGGAGGGGGAGCGAUCUCCGGCUGGACGCAAAAUGACGGAGAUAACCAGCACUGGGAUGUCAACAUCGGAGAGGACGGCACUUAUACUAUCCGGAAUGCUGCUUCGGGAUCAUCGCUAUUUGCGGACGGAGCUUAUGAUGGGAGCAAGGUAUACACACAUCCGAUUGAUGCAAUCUCUCAAAUGCGCUGGUCUAGCAUCAUUUACCCCGGAAGCGGUCACGUUGUCGAUCUUGAUAACGGCAAUGCAGAGGAUGGAACAUCAGUCAAUCUAUGGGGGAGGAAUGACGAGUCAAAGCAGCAGCAAUGGUUUUUCGAAGGCCUGUAA